ACCCAGGCAAAACCUCCCCCCGUCUCCGGCGAAGCGUUACACAGCCACAUUCGCCAUAUGUUUCCUUUUUCUUCUUCUACGUCUUCGUCUUCAAUUCUGUACCAACAAAACAGCAAAACGAGAAAAAACCAUUCUAUAAUCAUUACGAGCGGAUUCUCCCAUAAACGCUCGGUCCACAUUCUUCAUCCAUGCAUGGAAACUUUUCAAAUGCUCUCUUAUCCUCGCAAAUUCCCUCCUGUCAACCCUUUUAUGGGUUUUCCUUACAGAGAAUCCAAUAUCCCACCGUUGGAUUCUCCUUUGCCUCUUACCCAUCCAUCGGAUUUUGCAAAGUUGUGUUAAUCUCCUCCCGAGCCUACCAGUCCCUCGUUCAUUUCGCUUUCUUCUCUUUUCCUCUGCUCUCUUCUCUCUCCCUCCCUGUCUCUCCCUUGUUGUUUCAGACUUUUGGCGAUGGCUGAUCGUCGUGCCCCCUGCCAUAACUGUGAUUCGGUUACUGCUGUGUCUCACCGAGGUUGGCGUCUGAAUUCGGGAGCAUAUGCUGUACUCUGCCGCCGAUGCUGGUCUGCAUAUGAAGACGGAACCUUCUGCGAAAUUUUUCACUCAAACUAUUCUGGUUGGACAUUUUGCGAGAGGUGUGAUAGGGUAAUUCACUGUAAUUGUGCCAUUUCUUUUGGCCAAUAUGUCACAACAGAUCUUGAUGGCGUGAUAUGUAAAGCUUGCCAUGACUGUGUUGAUGCGGCUGUAAAGAAGGAGUUGCCAUCGGACACUACCAUCACUAAGAUACUACAGAGAUCUAAUGCUGGCCCCUCAGGGACAAAGGAUGCAGUUGCUUCUUCAUCGGCUCAAGCAGCUGCUCCCACCCAUGAUGAACCAGCUGAUCCAGCCGUUAAGACUGAAGCUUCUCGACAGGGUGAUGGAGCUCACGUUUCUGGUACGUCGGGAAGAAAAAGGGAUGCGCUUGUACCAGAUGCAUCUGGAUGGGUCCCCUUGCACCCUCGCUACAGGUUAAAUGCUAGAAGCAUUCCUUCCAGCACUGACUCAAAAGUCCUUGUCCUUGAGAAACGCUUAAGUGCUAAAGAUGCAAAUUCUAAGCAUGGAAGCAUAACAAUACCAAAAAGGAUUGCAGAGACUUAUUUCUGUAAACUAUCUCUGGGAACUUUGGCCUCUGUUGCAGUCAAGGACAAAGACGGCGUUGAUUGGAAUCUGAUGCUCAGUCUGGAACCAAAGGGCAGCCGGCUGAUGUACACUCUUCAAGGGCUUGGCCAUUUCAUUUCCCAAGGGCAAUGCAAGGCUGGUGACAAAGUUACUCUUCACAUGGUUGAAGGAAGCAGAAGGUUUAUUAUCGGAUUUAUUGAUGGAUCAGCUUAGAAAUCAGGGGAGAAGAUUCGAAGCUCGACGACAAUAGUUCAAAAGCAGUGUCCAUGGCUGUGCGUCUUUCAAAAAGUCUCUGUGGCUUCAUAUUGCUCACCGUUAAGUGCAUCUAUCUUACAGACAACUCAUUGUCCAUAUGUUUGUAAACAGGAUUGGCUUUAUCUCGUCAUAUUUCAAAACGAUAACGUUUCAAACUGCAUAUGGCGUUUGCUUUCGUAGACAUUCUGAAUGUUUCCUUAUCGAGUUUGAAACAUUUUUAUUAUGGUCUUAGUUUUUAUACUCUAUAAUCUGACAAUGUGGGAACCGAUAUCGGAUAUCUCAGUAGAGUGGGUGAAAACAUAGCUGAAGUGAUGUUUGUUUCAUUUAGGACUGAUGAUCUAGUUUUAGUUGCAUCUAGGUCGUGAUCUUACAAGUGCCUUAUAAUAUAUGCAGUGUCUUGCAUACCGUACUGUUUACAGGUGUUCUGAACUAUGGAAUUGAGAACAUAGUUGCAAGAGAUUGUGUAAGUGAGUGGCAUGAUUGUUGUGGUCUCAAGAACCACAACCUUAUGGUGUAAGCUUUGAAAUUCACGUGAAAUGACAUUAACUGGACAGUGAGGUUCAAUUAGCUGUUAGUUUGGUAGAGGAAUCCUAUGAGUUAUUAAUCAGAAUUUCGAAAACGUUGGGCUGUGGUGAUUAGUGUUAUGAUUAUACACAAUGUAGAAUGAAUAUAGUGAGGGAAUUAUAUCAAUUUCCAAACUAAAACGUGAUAGAUUGAAGGAUCUUGGAGAAAACUGCUGAUGGGGUUCAUGAGUUGUUCUUUCCAUCAAGUUAAUGAACUGAUGGUACUCAUUACACAGCACUUGGGUUAUGAUGUGUUGCGGCCAAAUUUUGUCUUACUUGGAAUCUUCUUUAUUAGCAAAAUCCACCUUAUUAGCAGAGGAUCUCAUUAGACAGACAGUUGGUUCUUAUCCAUCUCUAAGAUGGUAAUAGGAUGAAAUGCAUACUUUUAUGGAAAGCUAGAUAAGACUAUUUCCUCUGUCCAAAAUCUUAGGACUGAAACAUAUCUUCACUAUUCAGACCAUUGUGAACCUGAAUUAUAGUAUUUUAGGUCACUGUUCUUAUCUUUUUUCUUGAGCAUAGAUGGAAAGAUAUUACAUUCCUUUUAUCAUAGAGAGAAUAUUUCCUUUCAUGAUGCUUUUCUGUUAUGUUGCUUUCUAAUUAUGUGAUUUUGCUUUUGUUGAUUUCCAUAAGGGUUUAUAGUUGUCAGAGAAUAAAUGUAAGAGCAAAGUUUGACAAGGAGCUGGAUAACUGAUCUGACUGCUGCAACUGGACCUGCAUUCUGACAUUUACAAUCUAUGUUUGUAUCUGUUACCCUAAUGGUAUUUUUUUCGGGCCGUGAACUGAAAGUUGAAGGUUUGAGAAUCAGAAAAGAACAAAAGAGUUAGAUUUUAAAGCAAGUCAAGAAUCCAUUUCCUGACACUUCACUUGGUUUAACCGACUUUUGUAGGAACGACGUAAGUGAACUGAUGGUGAAAUCCGACUUGAUGAUGAAUUAGCUUUGUUUCUUCUUAGUUUUACAAACCUUACUACCUCUAGAACCAUUCUUUCUUUUGAGGACAUAUGAGGGGAAAAGAAUCAUAGAUGUGGAGGACCCCUCUGUUUUCUGUUCAAAGCUUGCUAGUUAAAUUCAUCUUCUGACUCCUCUUCUCUUACAUGCUGUUUCUUUGGCAUGAUUGUGAGUGAAUGUCAUAAUGCAUACUGUCCUUCUCUUACAUGCUUUCUCUUUUACAGGCCUCAAUUUCGAGGGUGUACUUGCUUCACAAUUAGAAGCAAGACUUGAGAGAGCACGCAGCUUGACAGGUUCUGUAAUCUCUACGAGUUGUGGGAUUUGGUAAUGGAAUCAUUAACUUUCACUUCCUGUUGUUGGUACACAUCUCUAUUGGCUUGUAUAUGAAAAGUGAACAAACCAUACUGUUCUCUGUGUCCAAAAGAAGAUUCAGCAACUGAUGAUCCUCUGAGCAAAGAAAAGGCAGAAGUCCCCGGCGACAUGAUCCUCCAUGGAUAUAAUACCUUUACUUAGCCAUUGCUCGUUUUCCUGGAUAGGGAUCUGGUUACAAUGAUUUGAGAUAUAAUAAUAAUUCAGCAACCCUUUGAAAUGUUUUACAUUUGAUAUCAACCAAAACCCUUUGCUGAGCUAUUCUCCCCUGGGAUCAGUGUUGAUGAAUAUGUACCUUUCAUGUUCUCACCAAUAGAGAAACGUGUCAGUCGCAUAUGAUGAUAUGCCUCCCUCAUUUUUGUAUUUAAUUCUUGGACUCCAUUUGAGUUGGAUUGUUCUUCUUAGAAAUAGGGGUGU